GAAAAAUCUAAUGAGUGAAAGAAAGAAAUAAGGAGGGAAGGGGAGAGAAAGCGCGCGCGCGUCUGCUCCAUGGUCACUCGUCUGUUGGAAGAGCGAGAUACAUUUUGGAUUCGACUUUUCUUGGAGAGCACUUGUCCAAAAAACAGCGUUUGUUGGCGUGACAGAGGCGAACAGUCAUGCACCUGAACCGAGAGGACGAGGAGGGGAAAGGUUCUUUGUCUCUGAGCGUGUUCCUGGUGUCGGUGGGUUUAACCGUGUGUGUCGUAUGGCUGGUGGCGCUGUGCGGUGUCUGCGGAUGGUGCCAACGCAAACUGGGAAAGAGGAAAAAGCCGGGGGUGGAGACAGCGGGAACCCCAGACUCCGUGUCGGUGUCGGGAAGAGGCCGAGGAGAAAAUAAAGCCAUCAAUCACAGUGAUCUAGACAGGGAUUUUUGGAAUAAUAAUGACAGCAGCAACGUGCAGCAGCGCUGGAGCUCUUACCCACCCAAGGAGUUCCUCCUGAACAUGUCCCCCUACGCUCCCUACGGAGACCCUCGCCUCACGCCAAAUGGAUCGCUGGAGAAAAGGGAGGUGGGUGGGGGGGCAGUGGGGGGUCCGAGUCGCAGUGACAGCUGCAUAGGUGCGGGCACCAGCAGGUCCCGAAGGUGGCAAACUGUCCAGAGCCACCUGCACUCCGGAAGCCUGAGACCAAGCAAUGCCAGUUUUGGGGACCCCUCUCUUUCCACCACCUCCACCCUGGAGCAUAUCCCAUCCUCAGCAGCCCGCCCCAGGCCCCUGGUCAGACAGCAAAGCCUCCAGCAGCCCCUUACCCACCAGCCCCCGCCAGGCCCCAACGACCCCCCAGUCACCUCCCAGAGUCUGGGCCAACUGCACACUGGUCCUGGGGGUGGGGGCCAACGGGGGGGUCCGCGGGGUGUGCGUGGUAGCCCGGCUGGGGCAGGGGCGUCCCGCUACAGGUCGGGCGGAGGUGCCAGGUCGCGUUCCAAUCCCGGGAGCUGGGACCACAUGAUGGGACAGAUCCGAACCAGAGGCAUGGACGUCAAGUCGUUCCUAGAGGGCAAGAUGGUUGUUCUGUCUCUGGCAAUCGGUUUGGCCGAGCAAGAUGACUUCGCCAACCUUCCAGACCUACAGGAGGCGCCAGCCGGCAAAGAAACACCUUCAACUGACAAAAGAUCUGCCGGUAACAAAACGGGCGGCAGCCCCAAAGGCCAGACACCCGACGACAGCAACCGCCGGACAGACGCCAACUCUUCCGUCUCGGACCUGGCCAACUCUGUCACAAGCGACAUGCUGAUGUUGUCCCCAGGCUCUGAGGAAGAGGAACACGAAGGGCACGUGUGUGAGAAGCUGGGUCGCAUUCAGUUCAGCGUUGGCUACAAUUUUCAGGAUUCCACCUUAACAGUGAAAAUUCUAAAGGGUCAGGAUCUACCUGCCAAAGACUUCUCGGGAACUUCAGACCCGUUUGUAAAAAUCUACCUUUUGCCCGACAAGAAGCACAAACUGGAGACCAAGGUCAAAAGGAAGAACCUCAACCCUCACUGGAAUGAGACCUUUUUAUUUGAAGGAUUCCCCUACGAGAAGGUGGUGCAGCGUACGUUGUACCUGCAGGUGCUGGAUUAUGACCGUUUUAGCAGAAAUGACCCUAUAGGAGAGGUGUCCCUCCCUCUGAACAAGAUUGAUCUGACCCACAUGCAGACCUUCUGGAAAGAGCUGAAACCCUGCAGCGAUGGAAGUGGGAGUCGAGGUGACCUGCUUCUGUCUCUGUGUUACAAUCCCACGGCCAACACCAUCACUGUGACCAUCAUCAAGGCACGCAAUCUCAAAGCCAUGGACAUCGGGGGAACAUCUGACCCUUAUGUCAAAGUGUGGCUGAUGAACAAAGAUAAACGAGUGGAGAAAAAGAAGACUGUGGUGAUGAAGAGAUGUUUGAACCCCGUGUUUAAUGAGUCGUUCCCCUUCGACGUCCCCACUCACGUGCUUAGAGAGACCACCAUCGUCAUCACAGUCAUGGAUAAGGACAGACUGAGUCGCAAUGAUGUCAUAGGCAAGAUCUAUCUCUCAUGGAAGAGCGGCCCAGCCGAAGUCAAGCACUGGAAAGACAUGAUGAGCCAUCCACGCACUGCCGUUGCCCAAUGGCACGCUCUCAAAGCUUGACGGCCCGGCCCACCCAAAGUAGGUUUUGGAGACCUAGCCUUUUUCACAACUUUAUUUUUUUUCUGCCACCAAAAAAGAGGCUAAGCACUGCCAAGAAGACCGGGAGAGUCUCGUAAAGGAGCGCUAAACAGACUCGGCCUCCUCCACAAUUCCGCAACCAGGGUGACUUCUAUCAUCGAUCUUCAACCGCUGAAUUUAAAGCGGAUGACAUGAUCCCAAAAACCAAUCCUUUUAGCCACACGUUUUUUCAUCUUGGCAGUCCCUUCACGCGGACACUUCCGCCUGGAUCGCAACCACAGUGCAAUACCUUGCUGAGGGAGGGGCGACUAUGUUGUUUGUUGGACUUUGUCACCACUUUAAGCUUUUUCAGAAAUGUGUAGAUAUUGCUCUUUUGCUGGAUCUCUUUGUUGUCUGUUUGUAAUGUGGGUGCUAUUGUGUGACAGAAAAAAAUUGGUAUUGUUUAAAACGAAAAAAAAAAAAACCGUAAACAUUCAAACUAACAUCGACUGGAUCAGUUCAGGUGUUUAUGAGCGAUGUGUUUGAACAAUUUUAGAACAUUUCAAUAUUAGCCUGAACUAAAUUGUGGCACGGCGACAAAACAGAGAAUUGGAAUUGGAAGAAGUCUGUGCAAAUAAGUGAGCACUUUAACAAAUGCUGGUUUUUACAUUUUGUUACGUCUAUAAUGUUACCGAAAGGAAGUUAUCAAUAAACGCAAGUAGAGCUGUCAACCGAUUAAUUGCAUCCAGAAUGAAAGUUUGUGUUUACAUAAUAUAUGUCUCUGCACCGUGAAUAUUAAUUUUGUCUUUAUAAACAUACAGUACAUGUUUAUAUUUAAGAAAAAUAUAAAAAUGUAUACAUUUAAUGUAUUGGUUAUUUUAAAUAAAUACAUCUAAAUAUUUCCUUAAUACAUGUAUGUGUGUAUGUAUACAAAAUUGAUAUGCACUGUACAUGGACAUAUAUUAUGUAAAGACCAAUUUCUGGAUGCGAUUAAUUGCGAUUAAUCGUAAACGCGAGUAAGUAAUCUUCUGGCUGCGGGUGCACAGCAGUGCGCAUUAGCAUCUAUAACGGUAAUGUUAUAGCAGAGUAAAGGUUUAAAGACAAUCUGUGAGCAAGUUAUUUGAAGUGAUGUUUAUAACCAGCUACCUGAAAAACAACAAUAAUGUAUAUUUUAACUUUGCCGCCCCAAGGAUGGUAGCGUUUAACAAAGCCGUCAUUUGUAUACAUGCGUUCGGUUUGUUUCAGUCCUGCAGUCAAACCAAGAUCCCCAGUUAAAAAUAUCUUCGUGAGUAAAGAGCGAUAGACUGGAUAAAAAUGAAUGUUUGAAGUGUGAGCUUGUUGGAAGCAAUGUGUGAACGCUGAGUAGAAGCCGAACCGUACUUUAAUCUCAAGCAUUCCUUGUGUAAAGUACCCAUCUUGCACAGGAUUGCAUCAACCAGUAUGCAAUGACACUGCCAGUGUGAGUUCAACCGUUGCCAAAAUCUUUCUCAUUUGUUUUCCAACAUUUCCAAAAGGGCUGAAUGAGUUCUUAAUGUCCCUUGAAAAUAAGAAAUAAUUGAACAAAUCUUGAGGAAAAAAAGAGUAAAGCGGAAGCAGAAACCGAUGUCAUGUCAUGUAAUCGUACGAAUUGUUUGUGGGUUAGUGUGUUCUGUCUAUGUCUGUUUUUGUGUAAGCGUUGUUGUUUGGAUUAUACAAUGAUUGAAAAAUUUAGUUUCAAGUUACACUUAAAUUUUAUUUAUUUUAUGCUGCCUUCAAGUUUAUUUAGAAAGUUCUUAUUUGAAAGGAUAGUUCACCCCAAAAUAUUUUUAACAUAUAUAACUUUCAUUCCUCUCUCAACAUGAGAUUUUAAUUUUUUUGGAAGUGGAAUUUGGUAUUAUUUCCUGACACGAUUCCCAAAUCAGCUCCUCUUAGGUAUUACAAAAAAAUAUAAAAAUAAACGAUUGUUCUAUCAACUUGAAGGCAGCGUUAGCCAAAUUAAAAGAAUUAGUCCGUUAAAGAUUCACGUAUGAAUUACUCGCCCUCCUCUUGUUUCAAAAGCACAUGGCUUUCUUCAAAAAAAGAUAAAGCUGAUGUUAACACUGCCCUUUUUCAUAACUUGAUAGUGAAUGGGGACUCGCCAUUUUUGCCGCAGAAGAAAGUCAUUCUGCUUUGGAACAACAAAACAGUUCACCUUUUUUAGUGAAUUUUCCCUUUAAGACUGAUGUAACACGAGUUAUGAACAGGCGUCUUGUAGAUGAUCUACAGGUUGACAGUAUAUAAUAGCAAUACUAUCAUAUUUUGUUUUGUAAGUUGAACUACUGUGUCUGCUUGCAAUUUCUGUCCUCUCUUAAUGUGUCAAUUACGCAACGGAGCAAAGGUAGAUACAGAAUGGGAAGAAUUCUAAUUGUUACCAUGUCAACAGUAAAAUUAAACCUGAGGUUCACCGUCAUAAGAAAUAUCUAUAGCUAUUAUAAAAAAUGGAAGAUGAAACGUUUUCGAAGAAGCUAACAGCUUUGUCUAUACUUGAAAUAAUAAGGCAAUGUACUGUAGAUAAGCAAUAUUUCUGUACAACGGUUCCAACAUUUGUCAAGGAAACGUGGGGGGGUCAUUUCAGGGUUUGAGUCGUCCUUUCAGAAGAUGAAACGAUACAUCACAGAUCCGCUCUCGUACGCCUGUGCACUUAAGUGUCAGACCAGACAUCAAAUAUGAAGAUCACUGCCAGACGUCUCAUGCAACAUGUCCUCUCCCGGUGACUAACAGAAGACAAUGAAAGAAAACUGUUUAAAGCCACUACGGCAAACUUAGAGCGAGACAGAAAAAAUAAAGACUUUUUUAAAAUAAGUGUAAUGUGUUUCUCAGUUAUCUCAGAUGGUUUAAAAGAAAUAACAAUGAGAAAGAGAAGAUGAGGGUUGCUACUUGACCUGGGACAAAAUUUGACUAGAUAGGUCAAUUUUUUGCGACCUCAUCAAGUGAAAAUUCAGAUCAAUGUCCAGGUGAUCCGGCAUGCUUUUUUUGUCAAGUUUCUCUGUGAUUUACUGUGGUGGGGCAGCUAACGUGAGCUUGUCUGUUUUACUGUCGUAUCCACAAGUUUUCAUUUCAAUUCGUUUUCCAGCUGUUGAAUUGCAGAUGUGAAACAAAACACCAAACCAGGUUUGAAAUAACCAGCAACUGAUCUGUCAUCACAAAGGCUUCGGACAUCCCAACGUGUACGGAUGGAAUCAAAACUCUGAUACCUGAUGACAGCCCAUCUAAUGACGUUGUGUGAACUUGUGUGUGUGCUUGUUAAAUUAAUGUUACCCGGGGAAUUUUGACCAAGACCCCUGAUAUUUCUCAGCAUCUCUGUGGUGUGCACAAUAUGAUUUAACAUGAUGACUAUUUAUUUUGUCACAAAUGUACAGUGUAAAUAGAUGUAAACCUGUAUAUAAAAAAAGA